GUCCAACAAACACCCCGCAGGGGAGCACUAUUUGUAUAGACGGUGCCCAUUCCCACUUUUUCUGUUUUGGACUUCGUAGAUGUUAUUGUCACUUCUCAUUUCCUGAGACUCUCCCUUCCCCCGUCCUCACUUUUUGCAAACAACCCCUACAGCACAAUUCAAUCGGUUCGCAUCACCGACAACCACCAAGAUGGACCCCUCCCUCGUCAAAAUCCCCCCCAUGAAAGACCUCACCAUCGACAACAUCACCGAGAACGUCAUCCGCAUCAACUCGCUGUGCCCGGAUGAGCGCCUGAAAUAUGUGCUGGAGCGACUGGUCACGCACCUGCACGACUUUGCGCGCGAGACGCGCCUCAGCACGGAGGAGUGGAUGACGGGCCUGCGGUUCUUGACCGAGGUGGGCAAGAUCUGUACUGAUGUGCGGCAGGAAUUCAUCCUCCUAAGCGACAUCCUCGGCCUUUCGCUGUUAGUCGACAGCAUCGACCACCCCAAACCCAAGGGCAGCACCGAAGGCACCGUCCUCGGCCCCUUUCACACGCACGAAGCCGAGGAAAUGGUGGCGGGCGGCAACAUGUCGCACGACCCCAACGGCCGGCCGCUGCUGGUGGUGUGCACCGUGCGCGACACGGCGGGCAACCCGGUCCACGACGUGAAGAUCGAUAUCUGGGAGACGGACUCCACGGGCCACUACGACGUGCAGUACCCGGACCACGAGGGCCCGGAUGGCCGGUGCAUCAUGCGCAGUGAUCAAGAUGGCGUCUUCUGGUUUAAGGGCAUCGUCCCAGUGCCAUACCCCAUUCCGCAUGAUGGACCCGUCGGCAAGUUGUUGAAGGUGUUGGGAAGACAUCCGUAUCGACCGAGUCAUAUGCAUUUUAUGUUUGAGAAGGAGGGGUUUGAUCAUUUGAUUACCGCCCUCUACCUCCGCAACGACCCCUACGAAACCUCCGACGCCGUCUUCGGCGUCAAAAACUCCCUCGUCGUCGACAUCACCACUGCCGGUCCCGAGCUGGCGGCCAAGUACAACGUCCCGGAAGAUCACCCCCUGCUCACGUACGACUUUGUCUUGGUGUCCGAUGUCGAGACGAGUGAGUUGCGCGCCCGCAAUUCCAAGGAGGCGCUGGAUCGGUUGGGGCGCAAGGUGAGGAUUGUGAAUGGCUUGCCUGUGCCGGAUUUGGACUAGGGAAUCAAUCACAUACUGGGGGGGUUUGAUACGAAGGAGAGAGAGGUUGGAGAUGGGAAGGGGGGUUGGAGGGUUUCCCACCCAUACAUACUUUGAAAUAUUAUCUCA